UCUCGCGGGCCGCCCGGCCGCGGCGGCGGCUAGGCGCGGGCUCCUCCCGCCUCGCCACCCCCUCUCGCCACCCACGCCCGCCCCCGGCCGCGGGGCCUUCCGUCGCACGGCCGCCGCCCGCCGCACUCCGCGUCUGCCCCGCCACCGUGCUGGCCAUGGAACCCCGAGCCCCCCGCCGCCGACACACCCACCAGCGCGGCUACCUGCUGACGCGGAACCCGCAUCUCAACAAGGACUUGGCUUUCACUCUGGAAGAGAGACAGCAGCUGAACAUCCAUGGACUGUUGCCGCCCUGCAUCGUCAGCCAGGAGGUCCAGGUCCUCAGAGUAAUUAAGAAUUUUGAGCGUCUGAACUCUGACUUCGACAGAUAUCUUCUGUUAAUGGAUCUGCAGGAUAGAAAUGAGAAGCUCUUUUAUAGUGUGCUCAUGUCUAAUGUUGAAAAGUUCAUGCCUAUCGUUUAUACGCCCACUGUGGGUCUUGCAUGCCAGCAAUACAGUUUGGUAUUCCGGAAGCCAAGAGGCCUCUUUAUUAGUAUCCACGACAAAGGGCAUAUUGCUUCAGUUCUUAAUGCAUGGCCAGAAGAUGUUGUCAAGGCUAUUGUGGUAACUGAUGGAGAGCGUAUCCUUGGCUUGGGAGACCUUGGUUGUAAUGGGAUGGGCAUCCCUGUGGGUAAACUGGCCCUGUACACAGCGUGCGGAGGAGUGAAUCCACAACAAUGUCUACCCAUCACUUUGGACGUGGGAACAGAAAAUGCGGAGUUACUUAAAGAUCCACUGUACAUUGGACUGCGGCACAGGCGAGUGAGAGGUCCUGAGUAUGAUGCCUUUUUGGAUGAAUUCAUGGAGGCAGCUUCUUCCAAAUAUGGCAUGAAUUGCCUUAUUCAGUUUGAAGAUUUUGCCAAUCUGAAUGCAUUUCGUCUCCUGAACAAGUACCGAAACAAGUAUUGCACAUUUAACGAUGAUAUUCAAGGAACAGCGUCUGUCGCGGUUGCGGGUCUCCUUGCAGCUCUUCGAAUAACCAAGAACAAGCUCUCUGAUCAGACAGUGCUGUUCCAGGGAGCUGGAGAGGCUGCUUUGGGGAUUGCUCACCUGAUUGUUAUGGCCAUGGAGAAGGAAGGUUUAUCAAAGGAGGAAGCUAGAAAAAAGAUAUGGUUGGUUGACUCAAAAGGAUUAAUAGUUAAGGGGCGUGCGUCUCUCACAGAAGAGAAAGAGGUGUUUGCCCAGGAACAUGAAGAAAUGAAGAACCUGGAAGCCAUUGUUCGAAAGAUAAAACCAACUGCCCUCAUAGGAGUUGCUGCAAUUGGUGGUGCUUUCACUGAACAAAUUCUCAAGGAUAUGGCUGACUUCAAUGAGCGGCCGAUCAUCUUUGCUUUGAGUAAUCCGACCAGCAAAGCUGAGUGUUCCGCAGAGCAGUGCUAUAGAGUGACCAAGGGGCGUGCAGUCUUUGCCAGCGGCAGUCCUUUUGAUCCAGUCACUCUCCCAGAUGGACGGACUCUGUUUCCUGGCCAAGGCAACAAUUCCUACGUGUUCCCUGGAGUUGCUCUUGGGGUAGUGGCCUGUGGACUGAGACACAUCACUGAUACUGUCUUCCUCACCACUGCUGAGGUGAUAUCUCAGCAAGUGUCAGAUAAACACCUAGAAGAAGGCCGGCUCUAUCCUCCUUUGGAUACCAUCCGAGAUGUUUCCUUGAAAAUCGCAGUAAAGAUUGUACAAGAUGCAUACAAAGAAAAGACGGCCACUGUUUAUCCCGAACCCCAAAACAAAGAAGAAUUUGUCUCCUCUCAGAUGUACAGCACUAAUUAUGACCAGAUCCUACCUGAUUGUUACUCAUGGCCUGAAGAAGUCCAGAAAAUACAGACCAAAGUCACUCAGUAACACAGCUAGAAUUUUUAACUUUAAUAAUAAGAUCUUAAAGUUUUCAUGAUUUUUAAGGGCCAGAAUCUUUUAUGAUGAUUUAUAGUGUGCUUAGAAUAAGGUGAUUUUAGUUUAAUAACAAACUCAUGGGAGUAUAUUAGUAUAAAUUAGGAUAAACUUCACACUAGAGUGUUUUGUUUCACUUACUGUGGAUAUUUAUGUUUUCUCUUGUGAUUAUUCUCUUUACGAAUUCUGUUUAAAAGCUGCUGUACCUGCUACUGAGAAAUCCCUCACUGGUCUGUAGGGAGCUAAUGGAAGAUCCCCCCAGUAAUAAAUUAAUAGAGCAUAACUUGAUCACACUAAAUGCCUACAGUUCUUUCUUGACUAUUUUGUUAAAAUCUCUUAAACAGUAAAGAUCAACACAACUUAGGCAUAACUGAAUGUUUACUAAAUAGAAACACUACUUUGUUGCCUAGAGAAAAAUCUUCUCAGGACUUUUAUUCCAGGCCUCCGUUAGCUUUGUUCUUUUGUACACCUGAACUCUUACCACCUCUGUGAAAGCUCACUGCUGUUUACAGCCUUGCACAGCCUUAGAGCGGAAUCGUCUUCUGUCCCUGUCACAUCCCAUAGAGUAAGGCACUCAUUGCCAGGUUGUGAGUCCCAAACACUCCGCAGAACACCCCUUCUCAUCUCCGACCAGCUCCUGGCCCUGCUGAGAGACUGCAGUGUUUUUGUUAGUGUAGCCUGGGCAGUGAGAAAGGCUGCAAAGAGAGUCCUUGAGAAGACCCUGAGGACCCACCUUCCACAAGGGUGUCAGACGCAAGACCAUGGUUCCCAGACAAGCUCAGGGUCCAUGAGGGUCACCUGUCCUAAUGUCCCUGUGGUUAGUUCGGAUGACUGAGAGCUCAUGACAUAAGUAAAUACAUCUCCACGCCUACCUUUCUAUCAGAUAUUAGAAUAUGUUAAUUACCAAAACAAUUCUGUGAGAAAUAAGCCUUUCCCAGGUGUGUUAAUUUACUGGACACGUUGAUAAUAACAUGACUAGAAACAGCCUUAAUUCCUAAGCUCAGGUUUGAGAACAUUCUGUAUAUCUAGAGACAGGUCUGAUUUUGAAGUUGCUUUAAAGCCUGUGUGGGUUUACGAUGGGCAGCUCUGUAAAGUGAUCUCCUUGAAGGUGAAGAUAUGGAUUCUUUAGGUGUGCAUUAAAAGGCUACAGACUUUCUAAUGAUAACUUUUGACUAAGGAUUUUCUCAGUGUAGUUAUUUGGGAAAGAUUCAGAAUUUCUAUCCUUGUCUGUUUCCAUGUCGUUAGAUGGUUGUAAAUGAAUGUAUUUACCUAUGCAAAGAUUUAUUAAAGCCUAGAGAAUAUGAAUAA